CCAACCAUAUAUAUCAUAAGAUUAUAACAUGGAAGAAAAAAAAUGUAUAAAUUUCAAACAAACUUUCGCUGAAACUUCAUGUAAAUCUUUAAUUCAAAAGCAAACCUUAUCUCUAGCUAAGAAUACAACACUUCUCACUUCACAUAAAUUAUUCAAUCUCAACUAUUUCAAGGAUAGACUCAAAUUUUUUUUGAUGAAAGAGCUAAAAGAUCACGUUGUAGUGAUCACCUAUGGACCAUCAUCGGAGGGUUCAGUAACAGCAUCGCCUGUCUCUCAACACACGACCUCAGUUCCAACGCCGUCUUCAUUUGCAUACUCUGCAACGCCGUCAAUAUCAAGAUUUAGCUCACGGAGAGCAUCGGUUCAUAUUAGCGGUUUGGUUCUCCGGUUUAUAACGCUGGUUCUUUGUUUCGUCUCGGCUCUUUCGUUGGCGGUGAAUGUUCAUCGGCCUUCGAGGAGACAUCUGACACAGAACUCCUCGAGUUUUGCUUCAUAUCCUGAACUAUUGUAUUGUUUUGGUGUAGCAGUGACAGGAUUCGUGUAUACAUGUUUGCAAACAUUCAAAGGAGUUUGUGAUAUUACUCACAGGGGAGUUUUAAUCUCUGAGCCUCUCUCAGAUUACAUCAGCUUCAUCUUUGACCAGGUUAUAUGUUAUCUACUAGUAUCAUCUUCUUCUGUGGCCAUCGCGUGGAUCCAACAUAGAAACGAGGAUGCGGUAAAAACACUAAAAAACAGCUCUAUAGUUUCAGUUUCAAUGUCAUUCUCUGCCUUUUUGGUUUUGACACUCUCUAGCCUCUUGUCAUGGUAUAAGCUUUGCAAGAGAUUUAUGUGGUAAUUAAGUCUUGUAAAGGGCCAAAUAAAGUCUUGUAAAGGGGUUUGUUUUUUAUAUUCAAAUCAUGUUAAUCAGUAAAAACUAAUGACUCCAUGAAU